AUGGACUUACUGGGCCCCAUGGAGUUGACAGAGGGCUCCCUCUGCUCCUUCACAGCCGCUGAUGACUUCUACGAUGACCCGUGCUUCAAUACAUCGGACAUGCACUUCUUUGAGGACCUGGACCCCCGGCUGGUGCACGUGGGGGGCCUGCUGAAGCCUGAGGAACACCCACACCACCACGGGCACCACCACGGGCACCCACACGAGGAGGAGCACGUCCGAGCGCCCAGCGGGCACCACCAGGCCGGCCGCUGCCUGCUGUGGGCCUGCAAGGCUUGCAAGAGGAAGACCACCAAUGCUGACCGCCGUAAGGCAGCCACCAUGAGAGAGCGACGGCGGCUCAGCAAGGUCAAUGAGGCCUUUGAGACCCUCAAGCGCUGCACUUCCACCAACCCCAACCAGCGCCUGCCCAAGGUGGAGAUCCUGCGCAACGCCAUCCGCUACAUCGAGAGCCUGCAGGCGCUGCUGAGGGAACAGGAGGACACUUACUACCCGGUGCUGGAGCACUACAGCGGGGAAUCGGAUGCCUCCAGCCCUCGCUCCAACUGCUCCGACGGCAUGAUGGAGUACAGCGGGCCUCCUUGCAGUGCUCGCAGGAGGAACAGCUACGACAGCAGCUACUACACCGAGUCCCCAAAUGAUCCAAAGCAUGGGAAGAGUUCUGUUGUUUCCAGCCUUGAUUGCCUCUCAAGCAUUGUGGAGAGGAUUUCCACCGAUAACACCACAUGUCCUAUACUGCCUCCAGCGGAAACUGUUGCUGAUGGGAGUCCCUGUUCUCCUCCAGAAGGAGUCAGUCUGAAUGAUAGCGGAGCCCAAAUUCCUUCCCCCAACUGCACCCCAGUUCCCCAGGAUAACAGCAGCAGCAACCCUAUCUACCAAGUGCUAUAA